AACAGAUGGAAGCACAUGGGCCGAAGCCGCCAGCAGUUCCCCCACCCGACAGAAUCAUCCAAAGAUCCCAAAUCCAGCUCCUAAUAAGUUGCUUUCGUUUGCCUUUCAAAUACAAUCCGAAAUAAAAAAUAUUGGAAGCCAUGGCUUCGUGCGGCAUUAAUUUUACGCUCCGGUGCCCGUCCGGUGCGCCAUGUUUUGCGUCCACUUGUCGCCCCCGAAACCCUCGCGCUCCUCUCCACUAUAUUAACCUAAUUCUCUCUUCUUCUUCUUCUUCCAAUCUUAAACUGGUAACGAUCUCUUACUCCAGUGCCCGGCGCCGUAGCUUUGUUACUGUGAGGGCUGACAUGGCUACCGAGGAGAAAUCCAUCUCACAGGACCGAAUGCUGGUCUUCGUGCCUCCCCAUCCAUUGAUAAAGCAUUGGGUUUCAGUUCUAAGGAAUGAACAAACUCCUCCUCCCGUAUUUAGGAAUGCAAUGGCUGAGUUGGGGAGGCUACUUAUGUAUGAAGCUUCAAGGGAUUGGUUGCCUACUGUCAAUGGGGAGAUACAGUCACCAAUGGGUGUUGCUUCAGUUGAGUUUAUAGAUCCAAGGGAGCCAGUGGCGGUGGUUCCAAUCCUAAGAGCUGGUCUAGCUCUUGCAGAACACGCAUCUUCAAUCUUGCCAGCAACAAAAACAUACCAUCUGGGGAUAAGCAGAGACGAGGAGACACUUCAACCCUCAAUAUAUCUGAACAAGCUACCUGACAAAUUUCCGGAAGGGUCUCGGGUAUUUGUAGUUGAUCCCAUGCUGGCAACAGGCGGCACAAUAGUGGCAGCUCUCAACCUCUUAAAGGAACGGGGGAUUGAUAACAAUCAGAUUAAAGUGAUAUCUGCUGUGGCGGCCCCUCCAGCUCUUCAAAAGCUCAGUGAGAAUUUCCCUGGGCUUCAUGUCUACACUGGAAUAAUUGAUCCCACAGUCAAUGACAAAGGGUUCAUAAUUCCUGGACUCGGGGAUGCUGGAGACCGAAGCUUUGGUACAUGAAGAAGUCACCCAAAAUGUCUAUACAGCCAUUCUUGAUAGUCACCUCAUUCAAUUUUGACAUAUCUAUUAGACCAUCAAGCACUAAGGCGUGCUGAGUUUUCAUGGUUUAAUUACUGGAAUUGCAUAACAUAUUUCCUUAAUUCUUGUGCAAAUUACCGACUCCUUGAGAAGUAAAAAUAUGGCAUUCUAUCUGGAUUUUGCAUAUGUUUUGUAUUUGGAAAGGUAUUAGUUAUUGCCUUUGGUGGUGUUGUAUUAAUGGUACAACCAAUCGGGUGAAGUGAUCA